AUGGUGCUUGAGCUUCACCUGCAAAGUUCCCAGUGGGCUCUGGUUACAGGCGGAAGCUCGGGGAUUGCAGAAGACGUGUGUAGGAAGCUGCUACAACACGGAUGGCAUGUCCGAGUGCUCAUUCCUCCUCAAGGGAUAAGGAGGAACAAAGCUAACGCAUGGUUUGAUACUCUCUCGAAGGAGCACGGCAAUAGAUUGAUUGCGGAUGAAGUUAACGUUGCAAACAUUACAGAAAUUCGCGACUUGUGCGAAAAGAUUUCCUCGGAGAAGAUGAAGAUACGGCUGCUCAUCAACUGCGUCGGUUUCCAGGAUAGCAAUCCGAAGUCCGACUUGACAACGGACGGAGUUGACUAUGUGCUGGGAACGACCUACUUCUCGACCUGUCUACUAACAUUGCUCAUGAUUCCUGAGCUUCGUCGCUGUCAGCCAUCGUCUAUCAUCACUGUUUGCCCUGCUAGGUUGUCGAAGGCGGUGGAGCCAAACCUUGAUUGGAUCUCGGAGCAAGCAGCAAAAAUGGGAUCAUACGAUGGUCGUCUGAAAGUGUUAGUCAAGGAGGCUCGGAGUUUGCCGAUCCUGUUCUCGAGUCAGAAGAGACUCUUCAUGGCCUUGCUCUGCCCUCUAGUGACCUGGAAGUCGCAGAACUCAAAAGAGGUUGCAACAGCAACGGGAAAGGUGCACUGGAACUCGAGUCCGUCGGAAGUCAAGAUGCAGGAGAUGAUGGAGGUUAACAUAAGUGCUUUGCCCAAGAACAGUCACAUCUUGGUAGAGGUGACGGCAGCAUCUUGGCGAUCGUAUCAGUCACUGAGCCUCCAGGUGUUCUACAAGCCCGUACAACAGCAGCGAAAGCAGCGAAACAGCCUGGACGACGAUAACAACACCCUCGUAGGCUUCCUGCCGCCCCCCAUCCCCAUCUGCUCUUUUCCCCUAGCAGCACACCUCUUCCUUCCUGGUACAACGUCUCCUACUCCUACUUCUACUACUACUCCUCCUCCUCCUACUACUCCUCGUCCUUCUCCUACUCAUCGUCCUGGUCCUCGUCCUCCUCCUACUCCUUGUCCUCCUCCUACUCCUCGUCCUCCUCCUACUCCUCGUCCUCCUCCUACUCCUCGUCCUCCUCCUACUCCUCGUCCUCCUCCUACUCCUCGUCCUCCUCCUACUCCUCGUCCUCCUCCUACUCCUCGUCCUCCUCCUACUCCACUUUCGAUCCUCCGCUCACUGGUCUUCUCUAGAUCCCACUACUUCCUUGACGCCAACCUUUACCUCGUCAAUCCCUUCGAAAGGAACGAGACCGCGCAGCAGAGGCGCGAUCAGGAACAAGGAGCGACGUACUCGAUCUCUCUGCGGCAGUAUCGAGAGGAACUGAUGAGGCUGCGGGGCGAGACCUUGUGGUUUGACUUGGACCAGAACGUCGUUGCCUUCACGACGAGCAAGUCUCGUUAUCUGCAAAGACAGACCAGGAAGAUUGAAAUCGACAUCCACAGCAGGAUGCUCAGAAACAGGAAGAGGGACAGGAUAGUGCGCGAGUUUCCCUUCCAACAGCUUCUGAGGAUCAUCAGAGGAGCUCGAGGGUCGGCACAGGUCAAGAUCGAGUUCAUAGCCAGGGACUUGUUGGACAAGAACCGCAACGUCAUAGCAGGAGGAGGGCAGAAGGACUAUAACCUGUCGUUUGCCUCCCAGGACGAGGCAGAUCUCUUCUUCUCCAUCCUCUCGCACUUUGUGCAGGCAGGAGGCAUACGCAAGGGUCAGCAGACCAUCUUCAGGUACCUCGCGCGAUCUCCCCAGGGGCACAAGGUUGACCACAAGCUCGCUGUCGACGAGGCUUCCAACUCCCUGUCGUUCCUAGAUGACCCGAGCAAGGAGAGUAUCUCCUUGUGGCUGGUGACGGGGCUGGAGAGGGAUGCUGCGUCCCCCGAGAAGAUCGAGCUCAAGCUCUCUGCCUCCCUCUCCGUAUCCCUUGAGUUCCUCACUGAGCAGAUGGCGACUGAGUUCGCAAGCAUCGUCAGCCGCCACCUCCGACCCCCCGUCAAGUCCACUCUCAACGUCUCCCUCGUCUUCACCCCGCCCAAGGUCGAGAAGGAGCAGAAGCAGGAGGAGGUGAAGAAGAUCGUGCGGGCAAGGAGGGCGAGCUCGUUUGUUAGGAUCUUCCGAUCUAUCAGGACGAGCCUGCCUUCGAGCUUCCACGGCACCUCCAAGCAGAUGCACUCGGAGCUCCAUCCCUCCCUCAAGAAGUGGACGGUGACGGAGAAGAGCGCCAUGGCGAUCAAAUGUGUGUGCAUGUUCAUGCUCAGCCUAUCCGAGAGGCUCGAGGCGGCGGCGGCCAGUGUCUCCUCUUACGUCAUCGACGUCGAGCACUUUUCCUUCGACACUCGCACAUCGCUCGUUGGCAACGUGAUGAAGCAGCCUGCUGGGCUGCUGGAAGCGAAGAACCUGCUGGGUGCUGGAGUGGAGGUGGACGCGAUCAUCAGCGAUAGAAACACCUUCUUCGACGCCUCGUCCUUCACGGGCUCUCCCUUCAUCGCCGAGAUCCCCUCACAGACUCCUCCUCCCUUCGUGCUGGAGCUGACGAGCAGCUCGGGUCUGACGAGGGGCAGCAGCUUGCGGCAGGUCGAAGUGAAGAAAGGAGACAAGAGCGUGGAAAUCUCCUGCCUAGGACGCAUCUACUCCCCGAGCUUUCCAAGGCUGUGGCAUAUCACCACCAUGGCCGUCCGCUGCGACUUCGACGAGAUCAACCCCUUGCGCGCCGUCUGGAUGAUGCAAAACCUCUGA